AUGAAUGUUAAUAAUAGGGCAUCAUCAUAUGAAGCUCCAGCUCGUUCAACACAAUAUCAAUCAACAAAACGAAUUGACAAUCUUCAAGCAGAUGUCAAUCAAGUUGUAGAUAUUAUGAAAAGUAAUGUUGAACAAGUUCUUGAACGUGAUGCUAAAUUAACUACAUUAGAAAAUCGUGCUGAUGUUCUGCAAAAUGGUGCAUCUUUAUUUACGCAAAAUGCAAGUAAAUUAAAAAGUAAAUAUUGGUGGAAAAAUGUCAAAAUGUGGGCUAUAUUAAUUAUUGUGAUUAUUGUUCUGAUUAUUGUGAUUGUUGUUGCGGUUACCCAAUCAAAUAAAAGUAAUAAUAGUGGAUAA